AGCAAGUGUAAAAUAACCCAUGUCAUUUGGUGUAGAGAAGUUUUGCAGUACUCUCAAAGAUACCAAAAGAUACCGGAUUGCUGGCGUAUUCAUCUGUCUCAUUCUCAGAAAUUCUCUGUCUCACUUGCAAUGGCUGAACCAGACCCAGACGAUAAUCUCAACACAAUAAUGCUAAAUGAGUUUGAGUUCCACAACUGGACAGACAUUUUGGAUUACCUGAAUAGAUCAUUCUCUGUCUGUGAUAUUGAGUUGGAUGAUGGAGUAAAACAGGUCUUCCUGUUCAUACUUUAUCUCAUUAUAUUUGUUUUGGGUUUGGCUGGGAACCUUCUAGUGCUGUGGGUCAACUGGCAAUCACGAAGAAGCAAAAGUUCAAUCAAUCUCUAUAUCUUCAACAUGGCUGUGGCAGAUCUUGGGGUGGUUCUUACCUUGCCUUUCUGGAUGCUGGAAACAAUGUUGGAAUAUACAUGGCUUUGGGGUGGGUUUUUGUGUCGAUUUACACACUAUUUUUACUUUGUCAAUAUGUUCAGUAGUAUCUUUUUCCUAACAGCUUUAAGUGUAGACCGUUACCUGACUCUAACGUCUUCCUCUGUAUUCUGGAGGCAGAAUCAGCAACGCAUUCGCAAGGGACUUUGCAUUGGAAUUUGGGUGUUGUCUGCCAUAUUUCCCUUACCAGAGGUCUCACAUUUUCAGCUCAUAGAUGGUUCUGACCCUGUGUGCAUGUUCAUGGCACCAUUUGAGAUCUAUGAUGAAUGGGCUCUAGCUGUUAGCCUACUGACCACUAUUCUAGGAUUUGUAAUUCCCUUCUCAAUAAUACUCGUCUUCAGCUUGAUGACUGCCUACUACAUCAAGUAUUCUGGCAGACCAGAGAACAGUAAACACUGCCGGCUCAUCUAUGCCUACAUAUUGACGUUCCUUGUCAGUUGGCUUCCCUACCAUGUGACCUUGAUAUUACUGACCCUACAUGGAAGCCACAUCAACCUGCACUGUUUUCUUGUUCAUAUUCUUUACUUUUUCUAUGAUUUGAUUGACUGCUUAUCACUUACUCACUGUGUGGCCAAUCCAAUUCUUUAUAAUUUAUUGAGCAAGGACUUCAGGGGCAAGUUCAUCAAUGCAGUGGUUAAAUAUAUACCCAAGGAAAAAACAGAUGGUACAAGCCCUCAGGAACACUCCACCUCCACCACUGAUCACUCCGUUGUAAUCACAAAAGAAAAUGUCCCACAGGCAAAUCAAUCUGACGUAAUCAUUCUGGAAGGAGGGAUAGCGUAGUCUAGAUGGCGUGUUUGGUUUAAAGAACUUAAAAAAGAAAUACAGUAUUUUGAUACAGCAUUUCCUCACGUGAAUAUUCUGUACUUUUAAAAUGUAUGCCAAUUACAAUACUGUGAACAAGACUAUGAAAAAGAUUUUGAGUAAUCAAACAUAAGUACCUCUACCAUCAGCUUUAGAUAUCAACUGGAUCAACUCCUAUUUCGAUAUAUACCAAUGAAUGCCCUUUAAAUCUCAGUAAAGCCAAAUAAAAUUAUUGAGACAACCAAUGCAGUUUUCAUACACAUUACAGCUCUGUUGUAAUUUCCUGAAAUAUUGUAUUGUAAGAAUAAUUGCAUGGAAAUCAAUGACUAAAUAAUACCAUUAUCUGAAGAUACAAAAGUCUCAGGUGACAUAUAUCCUGUUAAAGAAAAUAUUGUUUUAAAAUUUCAUGCUGGGAACAAUCAGACUAGAUUAUUAAAAUAACUAAUGCUUAGCCAUGGAAACUUGUUAUAAAGGCACUGUUCUGUUG